UGGAAUAUUCUGAGGUUUAUAUAUACAUACUCUCACAGCAGAGUGUUAUAAUAUUCAUUCACAUAUGAUGAGCUAUGGCUGUUGAGAAAGUUAAUAACGAGCUAAAUGUAUGUGAAGAAGACAAAGAGGAGGUCUUAAAGAUUGUGCUGAGAAAUUUUAAUGGUGAAAGCAACCAAACCACUCUCAAUCUUCUGGGUGGCAAUAGAAAAAAUUCACCAACUUCUUCAUCUUCAUGUAGAUCUGAGACAACAGAAUCUGAUCUUCGAGGGCUGGGCCAAAGCCAUUGCAUUCCCUCUGGAUUAAAGAAGUGCUUAGACUCCAAGCCCAGAAAAAUGCAUUACCUGAACUCAGAUUCAGAAGGAGAGGUUUUAUCAAGAAAGAAGAAAUCAAAGUUCAGGUCUAUUGAAAAGGAUGGAGUAAGACUAGACCUUAAACUGAAACUAUCUACCUCAAAAAUCCUCCAUGGAAGCAGCAAAAAGAAUAAUGUUGCAGAGGUAGCUGAGAGUGCCUUGAGGCUUGUUGGGUGUUACACAUGUUUAAUGUAUUUCAUGGUGCCUACCAAAGAUCUCCAGUGUCCAAAGUGCAGAGGUUCUUUUGUUAUAGGUUUUUCUUCUUCUUUUUGACGGAUCAGUAAUUUGUACAUUAGAAUUUUGGGUUUUUGAUUGUGAUUUUCCCUUAACUUUUCAGUUCAAACUCUAUGAUCCUUCAUCAGAAAGUAAGACCAGUAAUAUUUUCCUUUUUUCUUUCAAUAUAUUUAUUAUUGUACGCAUUAUGUAAAUUAUGCCAAAGAUCAUUAUAAAUUUCAUAUCUCUUUUUGUGUUUUCA